ACAAGGCUCCGAUAAUGACCUGUAAUUCAUGCGGGCUGAAAUCCUGUACUGCUCAUGGCCUUCCAAUUGAUAUUUGGUGUGAAAAAUGCACACGAAAAGAGGAACAUGAAGAAGAACUUAGACGGAAUGAAGAACUCAGAAGACGGGAUAAGGAACACGGGCUACAAAAUGAGGAACGCAGACGGCAGAAUGAUGAGGAACGUAGACGACAAGAUGAAGGAUGCAGGCGACAGUGUGAAGAGCGCUGGCGACAAGAUGAAGAAC